GGGGUCCCGUCUGCCCAAUGGACUUGGGAGGCGGGGUUCUACUUCAGCCGCUCCUCGGGCCGCAAACGCGUCACGCGUCCCGGGCUCACCCGGGCUCAGUAUGUGGCGCUUACCCCGAGCGCUGUGUGUGCACGCUGCGAAGACCAGCAGGCUCUCAGGACCUUGGAACAGGCCUGCCGUCUUCAUGUCCACGCUGCUGAUCAAUCAGCCCCAGUACGCCUGGCUAAAAGAGCUAGGGCUCCGCGAGGAAAACGAGGGCGUGUAUAAUGGAAGCUGGGGAGGCCGGGGAGAGGUUAUUAUGACCUAUUGUCCUGCUAACAAUGAGCCAAUAGCAAGAGUCCGACAGGCCAGUGUUGCGGACUAUGAAGAAACUGUAAAGAAAGCAAGAGAAGCAUGGAAAGUCUGGGCAGAUAUUCCUGCUCCAAAGCGAGGAGAAAUAGUAAGACAGAUUGGUGAAGCCUUGCGGGAGAAGAUCCAAGUACUAGGAAGCUUGGUGUCUUUGGAGAUGGGGAAAAUUUUAGUGGAAGGUGUAGGAGAAGUUCAAGAGUACGUGGAUAUUUGUGAUUAUGCUGUUGGCUUAUCACGGAUGAUUGGGGGACCCAUCUUGCCUUCUGAAAGGCCUGGCCAUGCACUCAUUGAACAGUGGAAUCCCGUAGGCCUGGUUGGAAUCAUCACUGCAUUCAAUUUCCCUGUGGCAGUAUAUGGCUGGAACAAUGCUAUCGCAAUGAUCUGUGGGAAUGUCUGCCUUUGGAAAGGAGCUCCAACAACUUCCCUCAUUAGUGUAGCUGUCACAAAGAUAAUAGCCAAAGUUCUGGAGGAUAACAAGCUGCCUGGUGCAAUUUGUUCCCUGACUUGUGGUGGAGCAGAUAUCGGCACAGCAAUGGCCAAAGAUGAGCGAGUGAACCUGCUCUCCUUCACCGGGAGCACUCAGGUGGGAAAACAGGUGGCCCUUAUGGUGCAGGAAAGGUUUGGGAGAAGCUUGUUAGAACUUGGAGGGAACAAUGCCAUUAUUGCUUUUGAGGAUGCCGACCUCAGCUUGGUUGUUCCAUCAGCUCUCUUUGCUGCCGUGGGCACAGCUGGCCAGAGGUGUACCACUGCAAGGCGACUGUUUUUACAUGAAAACAUCCAUGAUGAGGUUGUAAAUAGACUUAAAAAAGCCUAUGCACAGAUCCGAGUUGGUAACCCGUGGGACUCUAAUGUUCUCUAUGGGCCACUCCACACCAAACAGGCAGUGAGCAUGUUUCUUGGAGCUGUGGAAGAAGCUAAGAAAGAAGGUGGCACUGUGGUCUACGGGGGCAAGGUUAUGGGUCGCCCUGGGAAUUAUGUAGAACCGACAAUUGUGACGGGUCUUGCCCAUGAUGCAUCCAUCGCACACACAGAGACUUUUGCUCCGAUUCUCUAUGUCUUCAGAUUUAAGAAUGAAGAAGAGGUCUUUGCGUGGAAUAACGAAGUAAAACAGGGACUUUCAAGUAGCAUCUUUACCAAAGAUUUGGGCAGAAUCUUCCGCUGGCUUGGACCUAAAGGAUCGGACUGUGGCAUUGUAAAUGUCAAUAUUCCAACAAGCGGAGCUGAAAUCGGAGGUGCAUUUGGAGGAGAAAAACACACUGGUGGUGGCAGGGAGUCUGGCAGUGAUUCCUGGAAACAGUACAUGAGAAGAUCUACUUGCACAAUCAACUACAGUAAGGACCUUCCUCUGGCCCAAGGAAUCAAAUUCCAGUAAAGGUGUUUUAGGUGGACAUUACUGGAUUUUAGGCAUUCCUGCAGCUGCUUCUGAAGAAGAUAAAGAAAAUUAAAAUGUGCCUUGAAUAAAUGCAUUAUUUUGAAAUAUAACAGUGACUAAUCCCCUAUGACCCCAAAACUCUGACUCAUUUUUAAAAAUCAAAAUAAAAUUAUCACAACGUAGUCAUAUUCACUAAAA